AUGCUCCCAAGAGACAAGCACGUCCUCCAGAGCUGCGCCGAGUUCAUCGAGCAGCAUGGCGUGGUGCAGGGGAUAUACCGCCUGUCCGGCGUGGCGUCCAACGUCCAGAGACUGCGCCAGGAAUUUGAGUGUGAGCAGGUUCCUGAGCUAACCGUCCGCGACGUUCACAGCGCGAGCUCCCUCUGCAAAAUGUACUUCAGGGAGCUCCCGACCCCCCUGCUGACCGACCAGCUGUACGACAAGUUCUCGGAUGCUGUUGGUGCCACUACAGAGGAGGAGCGGCUGGUCAGAAUGCGGGACGUCAUCCAGCAGCUGCCCGCUCCUCACUACAGGACCCUGGCGUAUCUGAUGAGACACUUGGCCUGUCUGUCUGCGAACAGCUCUGUCACCAACAUGCAUGCUAAGAACUUAGCCAUUGUGUGGGCUUCAAACCUCCUAAGAUCACAGCAGAGCGAGUCUGCCUGCGCCAGCGGGAGAGCUGCCUGCACGGAACUGCAGACGCAGUCGGCUGUGGUGGAAUUCAUCAUCGACCACACAGACGUCCUCUUCUGCUCCACAUCCGGAUCGGACAUUGCAGAUGGAGCAGGGCACAGCUCUCUCUCAGGGCCCCAGUCUGUGCAGGCGUCUUCUCCUGCCACAGAGCUGCUCAGCCUGGAGGAGGCGCAGGCACGGAGGCGAGGCCACAGCAGCUCUCCUGUCGUUGUGACAGAGAGCAGGGACAUAGAGGUGGAAGAAGGCCCCACAGCUGUACGGGGGAAAUUCCACACAGUCAUCGACUUUCCACCUGAAAGACCAAGUCCACCCAGCAAGAUAAAGGAAUCACCAGCUGGCUGUUGGUGUUCCUGCUUCAGCCUGGGGAAACCAUCGUCUGGGGCCAAACGCCAGCCACAGCACCAUCCCAGGGAGCCCUCAGAAAUAGAAAUCGUAGUGCUGGCAGAUGUACUGAGCCCUUGUCCACCCAGAAGAGCCGGAGAAAGUAGCGAAGCUGGGCUGUGUGCUUCCACCAAUGGAGAGCUCUUGGGAAGCACAAAUGGCUGCGGAUCACGUGACAGCCUUGCACGUAGCAACAGUGAUGGAGAGAGGGAGCUCAUCCAAGUUGAAGCCCUCAUUUCUCCCGGCUGUGCUGAAGAUGCUGACCUGUGCCCACCAGGCACCGCAGUCACCAGCCUGGACUGUGACCCGGCACCUUUGCAGUGCAGCCCAGCCCAAGUACAGUCCGAGUGCCCGGACAGCAACACCUCUGUGCAGGAGCAGGUCAGCAUCAGCGAGGAGGAGCAGCAGAGCCUCUUGGAGGGGGGCGUACAAUCAGGCCUCCAGUCCCAGGCACCGUGCAGCAUCUCUGAGAGCUCUGAGCCACUCUCUACGUGA